AUGGGCGCCGCGGGCCACCUGUACCCCGGAGAGGUGUGCCCCGGCAUGGAUAUCCGGAACAACCUCACGAGGCUGCACGAGUUGGCCAACUGCUCCGUCAUUGAAGGACAUUUGCAGAUACUGUUGAUGUUUAAAACGAGGCCUGAGGAUUUCCGAGACCUCAGUUUCCCCAAACUCAUCAUGAUCGCUGAUUACUUGCUGCUUUUCCGGGUCUACGGGCUGGAGAGCCUGAAGGACCUGUUUCCUAACCUCACGGUUAUCCGGGGCUCGCGCCUCUUCUUCAACUACGCGCUGGUCAUCUUCGAGAUGGUUCACCUGAAGGAGCUUGGCCUCUACAGCUUGAUGAACAUCACGCGGGGCUCCGUCCGCUUCGAGAACAAUGAACUCUGCUACCUGGCCACCAUCGACUGGUCGCGCAUUCUGGAUUCUGUGGAAGAUAAUUACAUCGUGCUGAACAAGGAUGACAGUGAGGAGUGUGGGGACAUUUGUCCAGGCACUGCCAAGGGCAAGACCAACUGCCCUGCCACCGUCAUCAACGGGCAGUUUGUCGAGCGGUGCUGGACUCACAGCCACUGCCAGAAAGUUUGCCCGACCACCUGUAAGUCGCAUGGCUGCACCGCUGAUGGCCUCUGCUGCCACAGCGAGUGCUUGGGCAACUGCUCUGAGCCCGACGACCCCACCAAGUGCGUGGCCUGCUGAAACUUCUACUUGGACGGCAGGUGCGUGGAGACCUGCCCGCCCCCGUACUAUCACUUCCAAGACUGGCGCUGCGUGAACUUCAGCUUCUGCCAGGACCUGCACAACACUUGCAAGAAUUCACGGAGGCAGGGCUGCCACCAGUACGUCAUUCACAACAACAAGUGCAUCCCCGAGUGUCCCUCUGGGUAUACGAUGAAUUCCAGCAACUUGAUGUGUACUCCAUGCCUGGGCCCCUGUCCCAAGGUCUGCCACCUCCUGGAAGGUGAGAAGACCAUUGACUCGGUGACAUCCGCCCAGGAGCUCCGAGGCUGCACGGUCAUCAAUGGGAGCCUGAUCAUCAACAUUCGAGGGGGCAACAACCUGGCAGCUGAGCUAGAGGCCAACCUUGGACUCAUUGAAGAAAUUUCAGGAUAUCUGAAAAUCCGCCGGUCCUAUGCUCUUGUGUCACUUUCCUUCUUCCAGAAGUUACGUCUGAUUCGGGGAGAGACCUUGGAAAUUGGAAACUACUCUUUCUAUGCCUUGGACAACCAGAACCUAAGGCAGCUAUGGGACUGGAGCAAACACAACCUCACCAUCACUCAGGGGAAGCUCUUCUUCCACUAUAAUCCCAAACUCUGCUUGUCUGAAAUUCACAAGAUGGAGGAGGUUUCGGGAACCAAGGGGCGCCAGGAGAGGAACGACAUCGCCCUGAAGACCAACGGGGACCAAGCGUCCUGUGAAAAUGAAUUACUUACAUUUUCUCACAUUCGGACAUCUUCUGAUAAGAUCUUGCUGAAAUGGGAGCCGUAUUGGCCCCCUGACUUCCGAGACCUCUUGGGGUUCAUGCUCUUCUAUAAAGAGGCGUAA